AUGAGAAAUUCAACAUUAAAUAAACUAUCAGAAUAGAGAUAAUAAGGGAAGAAUUCUUCAAAUCUAUCAGAUUUAACAGUUUAAGAAUCUAGUAAUUAUAGAUUGAGAUUUACUCCAUUAACUUCACCAUCCACUAGACAUAAAGGAACAAUCUUGAUGAAAAGUCAUGAAACAAUUGUACUGAAUAUGUUGUCAUCCACCCAUAGACAAAUAGAUUAGCCAUUUAAAUUUUGUCAAGAAUGUAAUUCAGAAAUUGGUAUGGUUCACCAAUAUUGUAAAUGUAGAGGAAUUACAUAUCAUGAAAAAUGUAUUUAGGAUACAGCUAGAAGAAAUGCAAAAAAAUAAAAGGAAUAAGCAUUUAUUUGCAAAAAUGAAUGUUCAUAUCCAUUCCAAAUUGAAGGAUACUAUAUGUAUGAAAUGGUGUAGAAUUAGGAGAAACAUUAAUACUAUUGGAAAGUGGCUCAUUCUUUCUAUAGUGAUUGUCUUUCUUGUGUUACUAAUCUUACCAAUUAGUAUUUUUGUUUAUAGAGAUAUUUUCAAUAGUAUUCAUAUCAUCUCAAUUGUGAUUGCAAUGAUUGUACUCUUAAUCCUGAUUACUUUUUUGAUGAAUAAACUCAAACUCAAUUAUUAUAUAUUAUACUGGCAUCUCAAACCUUCCUUGAUUAAUCAAAGACAAGUAACAACUCAUAAAACAAUUGA